AUGAAGCUGCAGGUCUUGUCUGCCAUAAUCAAUGAUGGUAUAUAUAUUGAUAAGAGGCAAACGAGAAAUAUUGAAGAUAAGAGAGAAAGAGAAAUCAAGCUUUCAAGCAAGCUUCCAGAAUUUGUAGUUAAAAAUAACCGCAAUGGCCAACAGCCCAAGUCAUUAUGUCUCCCACCAUAUAUAAUUCUUAGAGAAAGACAAGAAGAAUCAAUAACAUCGUUAAUAUUUAAUAGUGGAUAUAUGCCAGAUGAGAUGAGAGCUAGUGACCCCGACCGUACCAGCUGGCGCGCUGAAAGAUAUGAAGUCCGAACUAAAUAUCGGUCAACACGACUAUAG